AUGGGUUAUACCUUCGAUCUAAUUCUAAAUUUUCUGCAGAAUUAUUUGACUCUGAAUUUUAUUCUAUUUAUUCGUGCCAUUUUUGGCCAUCAUUACAGCUUCAGAUGUAGCAAGUUAUACUUGACUAUUGAAAGAAUAUAUUGCAUUGUUUUGUCCAUAGUAUGUCCAUUGAUUUUCUAUUAUUCAUCAAACGUGAUGGAAUAUAAUAUACAAUGGUUGUUUUUCGAGUAUUUUAUCAGUAUUUGGAUAACUCUCAUAAUAGAAGACGACUGUUUUAAGAAAUACCUGAGUUCCAUCAAACAUGCAGAUCGAAUCUUAGGGCUCGGUUGUUUGAACUUAGCAAGCUUUCGGCUAUAUGUAGUCUUCUUUUUAAUCGCUCUUGUAAGAAUUUGUAUUGGCCUCCUCUUUUUGGACAACCUUUUUAUUCGCCCUGUGAUUUAUUCUCUUCACGCCUACAUUCAUACCACCAUCGAUUUCAGUCACAUUAUUCGAUUUAUUAUAUUCGACGUUUUGUAUGAAAGAAUGAUUAAACUUGGAACUCAUUUUAAGAAUAUCUUUAUUCAGCCAAUUCAUGAUUACACAAACAUGACAACUGAAGUAAAAAAAGGAUUAUUAGCAUAUAAACAGCUUCUCGACAGUGUUCAACUUCUGGAUAAAAUACAAGUAACGGUAAUUUGCUCCAUAACAUAUACGACUCUGGUGAUGCGCUUCAUAGACAGUCUCUUGGACCUUAAUGCGACUUUAUUAAUUGAUUGGGAUAUCGCUGUAUGGGCUCCUUCGAGUGCAUUUGUAUGUGAGUCAAUAUACUCAGCGAUGCUAGUUUUCUUUCCAGCCGUGUUCAUGGAACUGAUACACAUGGAAGUUGAUAAUCUUUCAUGGAUUUUGACAAUGGAGCAUUCCAAAUGUAAAGAUCACAAUCUACGGGUCGCCAUAUCAAACGGCAUUAGCUACUUGAAGCUGCGGCCGUUUCAGUUUCGCAUCUGGGGUAUCAUACCGGUCGAUAGUUCGCUGCCGAUAUCCUUCAUCAGUCUUGCGUUCACGUACACCUUUGUCAUUUUACAAGUGCAUCACGUUCUUUAG